CAACUCAAACCCCUCCUUUGCCACCAACAUCUCUCCAAGCUUACACAACAAAGCUAUAAGCUCCAAGAAUACACACACACACACACAUUUAUAUAUACGCAUAUUUCAUCAUACACUUAGUAGCAAUAUAUACAUAUUAUAUCACAUAUAUAUAUAUAUAUAUCAUGUCAGGAGUUUGGGUGUUCAAGAACGGCGUGGUUCGGCUAGACCCGGGGCUAGAUGGACGGCGGAAGGUGCUGGUCCACACGCCGAGCAACGAGGUUAUAACGUCGUACGCGGUGCUGGAGCACAAACUGUCGUCGUUGGGGUGGGAGCGGUACUACGACGACCCGGAACUCCUCCAGUUCCACAAGCGCUCAACCGUCCACCUUAUCUCUCUCCCCAAGGACUUCGGCCGCUUCAAGUCCAUGCACAUGUACGACAUCGUCGUCAAGAACCGUAACGUCUUUGAAGUCAGGGACACCUAGCAAACAACUUCUAAUCAUGCGUUUCCGUUUGUUGUUAAUUCGUGUGCCGUACAAUUGGUGUGUUAUUUAAUUUGCUGAUCUUGUGUUUGUUUAAUUUGUUUUUUUAACUCUUUUUUUUUUUUUUGAGUUUUGGUUUAGUUUGUUUCUUUUCUUGAUUUGGGUGUUUGGAUAAUUCAUGAGUGUGAAGAUUACGUAGGUUCAAGUGUGAAGUGUACUCAUGUGAGGGUUUGAGGCUAUAAUAAUUUAGAUUAGAGAAGCUAAAGUACAGCUAGUAUUUGUUGAGGUCAUGGUGUGUGUGAUAUAUAUUCAUAUAUGGUUUAUGUUAUGAUCUCAUGGAUGUAUAAAUAAUAUUGUAUCAUUAAUCGUGAAAUUAUAUUGGGUUUCUUCUC